AUGAAUGAACCAUACAGCCCACCUGCUCCCCCAGCCGGGAAUACGGCCCCUGCGGCCACGAUGAAAAUCGUCGUGUGUUUACUUACUCUCUUUGUCAUUGCUCAGAUUAUUGGGACGGCGUUUUUCGGCGUCUACUUUCACAAGAAGCUGGAUGAGGUACAGAAGGAGAGGUGCCAGCAAGCAAACUCUGCGUUAACGAUACUACAGGAAUGCAACCAAAAAGACUCCUCCAAGCUGAACUGCCAGGAAAUCCAAACCUUUUGUCAGAAGCUCCUUCAGCCUAAAGAGAGCCCCACAAAGGAGGUGUUUGAGAAACAGAAAGGAGAUCAGAAGCAGCUACCAAUUGCAGCUCAUCUGGCCAGUAACAGCAACAGUAAACCCACAGCCGUUCUCCAGUGGGCCAGAAAAGGAUAUUACACCAUGAGCGACUCAUUAUCCUAUAGUGAUGGCAAACUGACAGUCCAGAGCUCAGGAUUUUACUAUCUCUAUUCCCAAGUCACCGUUUGUUCCAACCGAGAAGCUUCCAGUCAGGCUCCAUUUAUAGUCAGCCUCAACCUGAAAUCAAGCGAAUCGGAGAGAGUCCUACUCCGAGCAGCAAAUAUCCACACAUCCUCUAAACCUUGUAGGUAUCAGUCCAUCCGCCUGGGAGGAACAUUUGACCUGCAACAAGGCGCUUCGGUAUUCAUCAAUGUGACUGAUCCCAACCAAGUGCAUCACGGGCCAGGAUUCACCUAUUUUGGCUUAUUUAAAUUGUGA